GGCAAAUCUCCAGUGCCACCUCAAUCGGGGAUCUGAGAUGGUUCUGCUUUUCUUUCCUUUCGUUGCAUCCUUUUUGGGGGCAGUCAUCUUGCAAGGGACCUGUGCCACAGCACAAUCACAGCCUCCGCUCUGCUCCGUGAACUGCACUGUCACAGUCUUGAGCAAUGCCGGUUGUCAGCUGGCUGACAUUAAAAAAUGUCUCUGUACGAACGAUAUUUUACAAUAUGAGCUUGUUGUAUGUGUCGUCAGCUCCUGCAACCGGGCGGAUCAGAUGACUGCCACACAAAUCUUUCAGGACGAAAUCUGUCUGGGAGCUCCCUUUCCAUCUCGCCAAGUGGAGAUCAUUCGAGCCGAGAUCAUCCUUGCCGCCUUCACAUUCCCGAUUGUUAUAUUACGUUUGAUAUCCCGGGUGUGGAUUGCACAUAAAAUUUGGUGGGAUGACUGGAUGGUGAUACUUGCAACAGUGCUCAUGGUUCCCAAUACAGCCAUUCCAAUAUACACAGCCUAUCACGGUUUUGGCGUUCAUGUAUGGAACGUUCGAGUACAAGAUCAAAUAAUUCCCCUACAGCUCUACUACGUCGCGCAGAUCUUCUACGCCCUCAUCCAAAACAUCGCCAAAUUCUCCAUCCUCUUUCUCUACCUCCGCAUCUUUCCCACCCCACAGUUCCGGCUCGCGGUCAAGCUCUCGAUGGUCGUGAUUGUUUGCCAUACCAUCGCAUUUACCAUCGGUGUUGGCAUGCAAUGUCUCCCGCUCGACUCCCUCUGGGAUCUAACGAUCCAUGCUAAAUGCAUCGACAUCCAUGUUUUCGCAAUAUCGGGCGCUGUGUUGUCGAUUUUUUAUGAUAUCGUUAUUAUGCUGCUUCCGAUCAGUGAGUUGAAAGGGUUGAAUCUCACACUGAAGAAACGGAUUGCGCUUUGCUUUAUGUUUGCGUUGGGCUCUUUUGCAUGCGUCACAAGCAUGGUCCGUCUCAAGUACCUAAAGGACUUCUACCCCACCAUCGACGCAAGCUGGGACAGCACCGACGUAGUCCUUUGGUCCGACAUCGAGACCUGCACAGCGAUCAUAUGCUCUUGCCUAAUGUGCAUCCGGCCUCUCCUCGCAAAAUGCUUUCCCGCUCUCUUCGCCUCCUCAAACGUCAGCUCCACCGUCAAAUUAAGUUCGAAAUCCAUUAGCUCGGGUUUGAGAAGUCCGUGGAAGAUCAGGGGUAACAGGUUCAGUAGCAGAACGAGGAGUUUGGGGACUGCGAAUUUAAGUAGUAUGGGAGGAGAGGGCGAUGAGCAGAUGUUCGUUAUUCAGGGGCCGAAUGUUGCGGAGAGUCGAGGGAAAGGCCCAUCUAGGGCACAAGACGGGCUGGAACUGGAGGAGAGAGGGAUGACGCCUACGACGCUGAGUACUGUCGAGGGGGAGAGGAAUAUUGAGAGUAGCGCGGAGGAUUUGGGGGUUUAUCAUGGUGGUGGAGAGAGAUAGAUGAGUUUCUCUUGCCUUGGGGCGGCACUUUUGCACAGGACUGAUGCACAGCACGCUUCCUGUUUGUGAUUGUGGAGUUUGCAUCUGGGAUCGAGAUAGGGACGGGGGGGUUAGCACUGGUCCUUUUAUGACUUUGGGUUUGGAAGAGGCACACAGCACUGUCCCUUCUAUGGCUGGUAAGAUUCAAUGUUAUGAUUACAAACGAUCGGGUUCUAUUCCCUUAUUUAUUUCGAGCUGGC